GAAGAUUUGGGCACCAAUUUAAACCGAGAGCAAUCGCUUCCUGUUUUCUUCACUGUACACACGAGUGAGCAAGCGACAAAACCAAAAGCAAAACAUUUGGUUUAUUUAAACAUCCAUUUUUGGAAAAAAGGGAUCAUCGGCACGAGUGUAAAGCUUAUUCGGAAGUCGUUGGCUUCAGCUCAUGUUGAACUACCGCCGAGUGUAUCGUAACAUCAACUGGUUUGUUUAGCUAACCUAACGUUAAGUCAGGUAAAGAUGCCGUCCCGUGUGGAGGAUUAUGAGGUGUUGUAUACCAUAGGCUCAGGAUCCUAUGGAAGAUGCCAGAAAGUAAGACGGAAAUUUGAUGGAAAAAUCCUCGUGUGGAAGGAGCUUGACUAUGGCACCAUGGGAGAAAGUGAAAAGCAGAUGCUGGUGUCUGAGGUAAACCUUCUGAGGGAGCUCAAGCACCCGAACAUAGUGCGGUACUACGACCGCAUCAUAGACCGGACAAAUACCACCCUGUACAUUGUCAUGGAAUACUGCGAGGGUGGCGACCUGUCCAGCCUCAUCGGCCGAUGCAUCAAGGAUAGGCGUUAUUUGGAGGAGCAGUUCAUACUGCGAGUCAUGGCACAGCUCACGUUAGCCCUGAAGGAGUGCCACAGACGCAGAGACGGCAGGGCUACGGUUCUUCAUCGAGACCUGAAGCCAGCGAACAUCUUCCUCGACAUCAGACAGAACGUGAAGCUCGGAGACUUUGGCCUAGCGAGGAUCCUAAACCAUGACACCAGUUUUGCGAAGACAUUUGUCGGGACGCCUUACUACAUGUCUCCAGAACAAAUAAACCGGAUGUCCUACAACGAGAAGUCAGAUAUUUGGUCACUGGGAUGUUUGCUGUAUGAGCUCUGUGCAUUAUCUCCUCCGUUUACUGCUUACAACCAAAAAGAGCUGGCAGAGAAGAUCAGAGAGGGGAAGUACAGAAGAAUCCCAUUCCGAUACUCUGAGGAACUGAACACCUUGCUCAGCAAAAUGCUCAACUUGAAGGACUAUCUGAGGCCCUCUGUGGAGUCUAUUCUCCAGAGCAGCCUUUUGGCUGAGGCUGUCGCUGAGGAACAGAGGAAAGCAGAGGUACGACAGAGGAGGUCGGCGGACUCUGACUGUCCCCCUCAAAAGCCAGCUGAAGUGACACCUGCCUCUGCAGCCGAGCUCAAAUUCAGGGAACAGGCGCUGCGGGACAGAGAAAAGGCUCUGAAAGAACGUGAGGAGAGGCUGGAACAAAGGGAGCAGGAGCUUUGUGUUCGUGAGCGACUGUCAAACGAGAAGCUUGCGAGAGCGGAGAGUUUACUGGUGAAUUACAACCGUCUACAGCAGCAGAGGAACUUGGCACCGUUCCGUGGCAAAGACAUAGAUGAGGAGAACCUCUCCCCCGGCAAGAAGAAGGUCCACUUUGCAGGUGAGAGCAAAGAGAACCGGCAUCACAGCGGUCGUCAGAGCGUGACGUCCCAGGAGCUGAUCUUGAGGAGGCUACAGAUGGCCAAUCUGCGUGCUCAAGCGCUGAAUGAAGUGGAGAAAACCUGUCAGUUCAAGAGCAAGCAGAUACUUGGCAUCCGCUGACCAUAUAAAUGUCACUGUCUGACUUGUGGCUGAAUGUUAAAAGCCUGUGAAGUCAUAAUAACUGGAUGUAAAUAUAAAUCAGUAGCUGUUACAGUAGCAAAGCUAAAUUAUUCAGUAUAGUGUCAUGUGUAUGACAUUGCAAGAUUUGUAGUGUCCGAAUUUUUAUAUUGAUGUGUAGUUGGUUUCAUAGAGUACUGUGUAUUCUUCUUCAAGUGAAUUUUCUCUCGGAAAUGAUGGAAAUACACGAUGGGGCAGAUUCUUUGAAUAUGACUUGCAUCUAUGAUAAUACAACAAGAUGUAUAAGCUUGUGUGGUUUGUGGACAGCAGUGAUAGCAAUGUGCAU